AUGGAGGUCCAGAAGAGCAACACAGACCAUGUAGUAGUCACCAUAGACCAACCAAACCCUAAACUCAAACAGUCACCCCAGGCAGACCCUAAUAUUUCAAUCCCACAACCCUUAUCAAGUGCAAAAACCCUUAGACGCCUAAACUUUUCGAAGCCCCGGUCACGGUUUGAGGAGAUUAAGUACCCUUUGCCACCAAAAACAAUUCAUGAAUCUGAACAACUCCAGCCCUUAAACCCCUAUCAGGACAACAACUCGUCCACAGAUGAAGAAGACGAUGAAGACUGGUAUGAAAAUGAAGAAGACGAAGAAGAAAAUAACGAUGACAAGCAAGGAAAGCACCUAAAGAGAAGGAAGAGAAAGAUAAACAAGCGAGCUGUAAUUGAGUGGACUUUGUUUCUCAUAAUAAUGACUUGCUUGGUAUGCUCUCUACGCCUAGAUUCUCUUAAAAACAACGUGAAAUGGGGUUUGGAGAUAUGGAAAUGGUGUGUAAUGGUCAUGGUUAUGUUUUGUGGGCGUUUAGUUUCUGGUUGGGUUGUGGGGUUUCUUGUCUUUAUCAUAGAGCGAAACUUCAUGCUUAGAGAAAAGGUACUUUACUUUGUGUUUGGUUUGAGAAAGAGUUUCCAAAAUUGUGCUUGGUUAGGCCUAGUUUUAGUUGCUUGGAUGAUCAUGUUCCCUGACAAGCACAACAAGGUCCUCAAGAAAAUCUUUUGUGCUCUUAUCGCGGUGUUGAUCGGAGCCACGAUAUGGCUGCUUAAGAUCUUCCCUAUCUGGGCCUCCACUAGACGAGGACGAAAGGGAGCUUCCACAGCGUCGUUUUCAGGCGUCGAAGUCGUUCCUGCAAGGCUGCGAGACAAGUCUCAUGCGGUUUCAAGGUCCUACAGGCGAGAAGGGUCGAGGAGGAUUGACAUGGAGAAACUUAGAAGGUUGAGCAUGGCGAGUAGAGCAACGGCGUGGAGCGUGAAGAGGCUUGUAAACUACGUUAGGUCUUCGGGAUUGUCGACGAUUUCGAGAACUAUAGAUGAUUUUGGAAAUGCAGAGUCGGAGAUUACAAGUGAAUGGGAGGCCAGAAAUAGUGCUCAAAGGAUUUUCAAGAAUGUUGCUAAGCCUGGUGCUAAAUACAUAGAAGAGGAUGAUUUACUACGGUUCUUGAAGAGUGAUGAAAUUCACACCAUAUUUCCUCUCUUUGAAGGAGCGAUUGAAACGGGAAAAGUUACAAAGUCGUCCUUUAGAAAUUGGGUGGUGCAUGCCUAUAUUGAGCGUAAAGCAUUGGCUCACUCCUUGAAUGAUACCAAGACUGCUGUCCAUCAACUUCACAAGUUGGCGAGUGCAAUCGUAAUUGUGAUCAUAACUGUGGUGACUCUUUUGGUGAUGGGUCUGGCCACAACUAAGGUGAUCUUUGUUGUUACUUCUCAACUGCUGCUUGUGGGAUUCAUGUUCCAGAACAUGUGCAAAACUGUGUUCGAGUCUAUCAUCUUCGUUUUUGUGAUGCAUCCAUUUGAUGUUGGUGAUCGUUGUGUGGUGGAUGGAGUUCAGAUGGUUGUAGAAGAGAUGAACAUUUUGUCAACCGUUUUCUUAAGAUACGACAAUGAAAAAAUAUUCUACCCCAAUUCUGUGCUUCUUACAAAGCCUAUUAGCAAUUUCAGAAGGAGUCCAGAUAUGGCUGACAGUAUUGAUUUCACAAUUGAUGUCUCUACUCCAGUUGAUGAUGUUUCUGCACUCAAGAAGGCCAUACAAUUAUAUAUUGACAGCAAGCCAAAGUAUUGGUCCUCAAAACACUCGGUCAUAGUGAAGGAGAUUGAGAAUGUGGACAAGAUGAAAAUGAUGCUGUGUGUUCAACACACCAUGAACCAUCAAAAUUAUGGGGAAAAGAGUGCUCGAAGAUCAGAGCUAGUGUUUGAACUGAAGAAGAUUUUCCAAAAUCUUGGCAUAAAGUACCAUCUUCUUCCUCAAGAAGUAAACCUCCCGCAAUUCAACGCAAGCAAUGAGAGGUUAACCAUACCUUCUUAAUCACUACCAUUUUCCAUGAGGAGCCUGCAAAUUUACCCGCACUUCACUAUGUUAGACUUGCAUGUCGUUUGUAUGCCAAACUUAAUCAAGCAAACAUGAGAGAUACAACUAAUGGGGUUUUCAAGCAGUUGAAGUUUUAGUUUAAAAAUUAUUUGAAUGUGUUUACUGUAAAAGGAAGUUGUUGUGUUUUCAUUGCACUACAGUAAUGCUUAUUAAUACCAUCAUGAGGUUGGGAGUUCA